AUGAGACAGUUUGUCGUGCUGUUCGCCGUCAUUUCCGGCUGUCUGGCCUGCGACGCGUUUCCGAAUGGCACCGACAAGGCAUUUGUUUGGUGGCCGUCUUGCGGUGGCCCGGUAGUUUACUAUUCUGCUCAAAUCAGCGAUGCUAACGGAAAGGCCGAAUACCCCAUUUCUCUUAUCGCCCCACUGGUUAUCACAGCUGAUGCCGACAACCAAGGACAUCAAUACGAAGCCCCGAAUCUUCGCGCCGCUGUCAACAUUUGGUCGUGGUCAAACAGCGGAUUUAACGCAUGCAAAUGGGUAUCUGUGCCUACGCUUGGUUUGCUAUCGGAUCUAGAUGCAUGCGAUGAAGGCGUCCCCUGCCCCGUCAAAACUGGCCGUCAAACCCUACCCAUGACGAUGGACUUCACCAAAUUUGACAACAUCAUCAAACUCCUGAAGGACGACUCGCCGUACCAACUGGAGCUGCAAUUGCACGACAAAAUCACCGGCGACAAGACCUGCGUGACUGCCCAGGCUCGAUGCAAGACUAAA